GAAUUACUCCCUCCCUAACAGCACGCACAGAGCCAGCAUUGGAUCUGUAGCGCUCGCAGUGGUGCUCACUCAUGAACCGCACCGCAGUGAGACAUUUUACCUUUUGCUGUAGCCUUUUCCACAACGGAGAACAAGUGCAUUUUCAUUGGAAACAUGCGUUUUUGACACUUUUACAAACUUUUGUAUAUCUUCAGUUGGACCCCUUUACCUUGAGAGAAAUAUGCCGGAGCGUAUCAACAUUUCGGAGUUUGUUGCUCUGACAAACGAGGACUUGGCUUCACCGGCUACCUCGAGUUUUCAGUCCAAAAUGAGUGAAUGUCGGAACACGGUUUCGGCAGUCGAAGAGUCCUUAGAGAUGGACCAGAGCACCUUACAGAGGAUGAAGAAGAUGAUCAAGGCCAUCCACAGCUCUGGACUAAGUCAUGCGGAGAACAAGGAGCAGUACAUCGAGGUGCUGGAGAACCUGGGGAACAGUCACCUGACCCAGGACAACAACGAGGUGUCCACAGGAUUCCUCAACAUGGCCGUCUUCACCAGGGAGGUCACCUCUCUCUUCAAGAACCUGGUCCAGAAUCUGAACAAUAUAAUCUCCUUUCCCUUGGAGAAUGUCUUGAAGAGUGAGCUUAGAGACAGCAGACUGGAGUUGAAGAAACAGUUGGAGAAGAGCUGGAAGGACUAUGACAUCAAAGUUGGGAAGCUGGAGAAGGAGAGGAGGGAGAAGAGCCGUCAGCCGGGCCUGAUCAGGAUGGAGGGAUACGACAUGACGGAGGACAUGGAGCGAGAGAGGAGGACCUUCCAGCUGCAGAUGUGUGAGUAUCUACUGAAGAUCCAGGAGCUGAGGGUACGUCAGGGUCCAGACCUGCUCCAGAGUCUCAUCAAGUACUUCCAGGCCCAGCUCAAUUUUUUCCAGGAUGGCUUGAAAGCUGCCGAGAACCUUAGUCCCUUUGUGGAGAAGCUGGCUACAUCGGUGCACAUGGUGCGUCAGGACCAGGAUGAAGAGGUGAGACAGCUCUCUCAGCUACGAGACUCCCUGAGACUGCUGCUACAGAUGGAGGGGAAAGAGGAAUACCUGACCAGAAAGAACUCUGGUAACGGCUACAGCAUCCACCAGCCUCAAGGCAACAAGAAGUACGGUACGGAGAAGUCAGGGUUCCUACAGAAGAGGAGUGACGGGAUUAGGAAGGUGUGGCAGAAGAGGAAGUGUGGUGUCAAGUACGGCUGUCUGACCAUCUCCCACAGCACGAUCAACCGACCACCGGCGAAGCUCAACCUCCUGACCUGUCAGGUGCGCCCCAACCCCGAUGAGAGGAGGACCUUUGACCUGGUCACACAUAAUCGGACGUACCAUUUCCAAACCGAGGAUGAGCAGGAAUGCAUGAUUUGGGUGUCGGUGCUGCAGAACAGUAAGGAGGAAGCCCUGAACACCGUGUUGGGAGGGGACCAGCCGCAGUUCCAGGACUCCGGGCUGCAGGAGCUGGCCAGGGCAGUCAUCACCGAGCUCAGACACAUGCCCGGCAACGAGGCCUGCGCCGACUGUGGAGCCCACGACCCCACGUGGCUCUCCACUAACCUGGGCAUCCUGACGUGUAUAGAGUGUUCUGGGAUCCACAGGGAGUUGGGAGUCCACUACUCCAGGAUCCAGUCUCUCACGCUGGAUGUCCUCAGCACCUCUGAACUACUACUGGCAGUCAGUAUAGGCAACACCCGCUUCAAUGACAUCAUGGAGGCCAAUCUUCCCAAUGAUUCCAUCAAACCCCUCCCCCAGAGUGACAUGAAUGCCAGGAAGGAGUAUAUCGUGGCCAAGUACGUGGAGCGGCGCUACGUGCUGCACAGGGACCGGGACAGGGAGGACGGUGAGCCAUGGCGUGUGUACGAUGCCGUGAGGAGCCGGGACCUGACCGCUCUGCUGCAGCUGUACGCCCAGGGAGAGGACCUGGCCAAGCCGCUAGCACUGCCUGAGGGACAGCAUCUGAGAGAGACAGCUCUUCACUUGGCUGUGAGACUGGAGGAGAGGAGCUCUCUAUCCCUGGUGGACUUCCUCAUACAGAACAGUGUCUGUCUGGAGAAGAGGACUCUAGAGGGGAACACUGCUCUACAUUACAGCGCCCAGCACCACAAAACAGAGUGCCUCAAACUGCUGCUCAAAGGAAAGGCUGUCCUCCACACAGUGAACUCAUCCGGAGAGACAGCUCUGGACAUCGCCAGGAGACUGCAGCACUCCCAGUGUGUGGAACUGCUAGAGCUGGCCCAGAGUGGGAAGUUCAACAGUCAGAUCCAUGUGGAGUACAUGUGGGAGACACAGAGCCAGGACCUGUACGACAGCGAAGAUGACCUGGAUGAGAGGGUGAACCCCUUACACAGGACCCUACGCUCCCCUCUGCCCUCCAAAGCCUCGCCAUCUCGCUGGAGCUUCGCCAACGCCCCCGUGGCGUGUAAGACCUAUGAAAACGUGGACUUCCUUUACCGUAACCCCCCCAAUAGUGCUCCAUCGGGCGUCCUCAUGCUCCCGCCCCCUCUGCCCGCUAAAGCCAUCAUGAGAGGUCGCUCGGACCCCCAGAUCUCCUUGUCCACCCAGGAGGGGGUAAGCAACAGGUGCAGCUGCUCCAACCCAGCCCCCCAGUCCAGCCCCCCCUCCCCCAUGCUGGAGGGUCAGGGGGGGCGACCAGCCAAAUCACCCCACGGCCAGGGCAUCCUGGUGAGGGGACAGAGACAGACCGCAGCCUGGGAGGGUCAGGCCAAUACUGGGUCAGGGUCUUCAGACAGAGACAGCACCAAGUCUAACAGUAGUUCCAGCUCCCCUCAGAACCACAUAGGACCUGUCAGCUCAGAGAAAACAACAUCGUACAGGCGGACCAGCAGCGGAGGACAAGGGAAGUGUUCUGCAGCCGUGACCUCAGCUGUGACCUCACCCAGCUGUGUGGCACUGGGCAGCCAGGAGGAGCUGUACUGCAGCGUGGUAACUACUGGACCCGCUCCCAGCGCCACACCUGCAGCCUCCUCCUCCUCUCCUAUCACUGUGCGCCCUCGCAGAAACGCUAUGGUGUCUCAGAGGAGACCUACCCAGAAGAGGGUCAAGGCGCUGGUGGACUGCAGAGCCGUCAGCUCGGACCAGCUGGCCUUCUUCAAGGAUGAGGUCAUCGUAGUCACAGCCACCGAGGACCCCCACUGGUGGGUUGGCCACAUCGAGGGCUAUCCAUCCAGAAGUGGGACAUUCCCUGUGAACUAUGUCCAUAAACUGGGGACUGACUAGUCAUACUCAUGUGAUAAUCCUACACCAGACGCCCUAUCCCCUAACCUAGCCCCUACCCUAGCCCCUACCCUAGCCCCUACCCUUACUACGUCACUUACCUGGGACACAAAAAGGCUGGAAUGGACUCUCUUGAACGCAACUCAUUCAAAGACAACAACAAAAAUGCUUGCUCGCUUUCCUGGUCAUUUCUUGUCAUAGGAUAUUCUGAACCACUUUGAUGUGUUGUGAUCUGACGACUAGAGACUCCCAUAAACUGUAAUUGUAUAUACAGACAGUGCACUUAAGGAAGUCUCCAUAAAGAAAGAAGGGAUAAAAGAGAUCAUAUUACAGGAAGGAAUGCCACCCUCACAACCCGACAGAAGAGAGCAAAAACACCUCCCUCCGCUUUUGACCUCUAAUACCUGUAUGCUUUACAACUGUUUUUACCACACCUUACCGCCCAGGGUAUUAAAGGGAUGUUUUUACCACACCUUACCGCCCAGGGUAUUAAAGGGAUGGUUUUACCACACCUUACUGCCCAGGGUAUUAAAGGGAUGUUUUUACCACACCUUACCGCCCAUGGUAUUAAAGGGAUGUUUUUACCACACCUUACCGCCCAGGGUAUUAAAGGGAUGUUUUUACCACACCUUACUGCCCAGGGUAUUAAAGGGAUGUUUUUACCACACUUUGCUGCCCAGGGAAAAUUAUAAGAGCAACAGCUCUAGCCACAUAACUGCUGGAAUACCUGUGAUACAGACAGCAGUACUGGAGGAGCUAGAAUGUAUGUGCGUGCCUGCCUGCGCGUGUGUCUGAGAUUAUAACCAUACCAUUGGAUUACCUGGCAAUGACAUACAUACAACACUGGAGUCUGCAGGAGUGAGACCGUGUGCUGUGGGAGCCCUAGAAAAGAGGAUGAAUAGCCGGCAUUGUCCACUGCCUUCCUGGAAACUAAGGAGACUUAAGAGAUUCAUGCCAUGUCAGUCACGGUCGUCGGGACUCCGAGCCAGAUGCAAUGAAUACCUGCUCAGUGACCGGUGGCGAUUAUGUCUGGGGCUGGAAUGACCUGGAACUGAAAGCGCAUUUGUGGCUGCCAGCCUGUCUCCUGGGGCUCCAGGGUUCUCUGGCUGCCGCUCUGAAAUGGAACCCCAGUGUCUAAGCUGGUUUUGGGCCAGACUCCAGCUCUGACUGGGGGGGCCUGGCUGGAGCCUGGGUGAUUUGGUUUUCUCCGUCUCCAGAGGAGUCUGUCUUCCUACAGUCGGCAGAGGAAAGGAAGAGACUGUCACCGCAGUGAAAUACACAAAGCUGGGUUGUAUUCAGUUGGCACCAAAUGGACUGAAACAGGAAAAGACUACCUGAACUUGUCCAAUAAGAAAUGCCAAUUUUUCGUUUUAGUUUGCCCUAAUGAACAUGACCCAAGCCUUAGUGCCUUUUUCCAUACAGUUGCUCUCGGUUCUGGGUCUAUACUCGGCCUCAUACAAAAGAUAUGGACAGUUGGACACUUCCAUAUUGUAAAGAAAAGAGAAGGCUGUAGAGAAUUGUAAAUAGAUAUUAUUACACCCAUGAAUUGUGAUGGAAGGAUUCCAUAUCGCUAACCAUAAGCUAGUAUUGAGACAUUAGCUGUUUUCCUAGUCUCUUGAGCACCAUAACUCUACAGUGUUAUUACAUUUUACUAGUGCAUACUCACGUCUGACCACUCCCAUUCAUAUUAAUUCAUAUUUUUCAUGUUCUGAAUCUGCAGUAAAGUUACAUUAAUACAUUGCAUUUCGUGUUACUGCAUUCUAUUAAUAUUCUAGUAAGCCUAGAACUAAAUUCUAGUGUUACUUAAUACACCAGGAUUCUGGCAGAAUAGUGUCUCCUAAUAUGGUUUCAAAGUGCUUUAAAUGCCACUAAUAGCGAAUGAGAGGAAGUGUAACUCAGUAUUGGAUCUCAGGCUGUUAAGCGUCUUAUACAACUGGUUUGUCCACAAGUGAAGCUACGCCUCCAGUGGGUGUGGAGGGCUCUCUACAGCACGGCAGACAACAAUAAAAAAACCUUUUAGAGGAUAACUGUCAGUUGCUUUUCAGCCAUGUAAGUGUUUUCAUGCCUGUUUGCAUUCCUGUACUUACUGUAGACAGGGGUUAUUGAGGGUUUGUUUAGCUUUCUCUAGAUCCAGUCACUGUUGCUAAUACCUAGACAAGUAGGUAGAGAAGUGCAUGAUUGUCAGUGGAACCAGAACCAGACUGAAAAGUGAGGGCUGACCAUUGAGUAUAUGUUGUGCUCUGUUCUACAAAGGUAAAACAUGUUGGAAACGUUAAUAUCACCCAGUGUUGAAGAAUGACUGAGUAUCAGAACAUUGUUAUGUUCACAUACUGUCAUGUUAAUGCUACUGGUGAACAUCACUUCGGUUCUGUAGACUCUUAUGUGUCAGUAGGGCAAUAUGGCAUGGGUGCUGGACUAGCGGGGCCCCAAAGGGCCCAGUCAGUAUGGACUAGCGGGGCCCCAAAGGGCCCAGUCAGUAUGGACUAGAGGAGCCCCAAAGGGCCCAGUCAGUAUGGACUAGAGGAGCCCCAAAGGGCCCAGUCAGUAUGGACUAGAGGAGCCCAGUCAGUAUGGACUAGAGGAGCCCAGUCAGUAUGGACUAGAGGAGCCCAGUCAGUAUGGACUAGAGGAGUCCAGUCAGUAUGGACUAGAGGAGCCCAGUCAGUAUGGACUAGAGGAGCCCAGUCAGUAUGGACUAGAGGAGCCCAGUCAGUAUGGACUAGAGGAGCCCAGUCAGUAUGGACUAGAGGAGCCCAGUCAGUAUGGACUAGAGGAGUCCAGUCAGUAUGGACUAGAGGAGUCCAGUCAGUAUGGACUAGAGGAGCCCAGUCAGUAUGGACUAGAGGAGCCCAGUCAGUAUGGACUAGAGGAGCCCAGUCAGUAUGGACUAGAGGAGCCCAGUCAGUAUGGACUAGAGGAGUCCAGUCAGUAUGGACUAGAGGAGCCCAGUCAGUAUGGACUAGAGGAGCCCAGUCACUAUGGACUAGAGGAGCCCAGUCACUAUGGACUAGAGGAGCCCAGUCAGUAUGGACUAGAGGAGCCCAGUCAGUAUGGACUAGAGGAGCCCAGUCAGUAUGGACUAGAGGAGUCCAGUCAGUAUGGACUAGAGGAGCCCAGUCAGUAUGGACUAGAGGAGCCCAGUCAGUAUGGACUAGAGGAGCCCAGUCAGUAUGGACUAGAGGAGUCCAGUCAGUAUGGACUAGAGGAGCCCAGUCAGUAUGGACUAGAGGAGCCCAGUCAGUAUGGACUAGAGGAGCCCAGUCAGUAUGGACUAGCGGAGCCCCGAAGGGCCCAGUCAGAGGAUCCCUUUCAAUAAUUGAGUGUGGAAGGAGCUAUAACCCCCAGUUUCCUACUAAUGACUACAAUAAAAACGAACUGAGACAUAGGAAUGAGAGGUGUGCUGGAGCCCCCGCGCUCCUAUACACUUUACGUUGGAGUGUGAGCUUGAAUAGGGCUGUGUCCUACACUUAACUUGGACUGAAAUAGGUUCUGGUACUCAUUUUGGGUUCUGGUACUGUUUAUAUUAAGGAGCAGGAGCUCAAGCAGUAGAACAUUUGAGAUGCCUGUACUCAACUUCGAUGACCUCCUGCCCAAGUCAAGCACAGGCUGCGUCCCAAUACUCUUUUAAUCGUUUUCUUCCUAGGGUGCUAUCCGAUCAGUGGAUGUGAAGGAAGGAUACUAUAUGAUACUAUUGGAACACAGCAUAGGAGUUUAUGGAGAGUAAAGUGAAGGCACUUACUGUUGUUCUUCCAUGUCUUUAUCAUUUUUUAACCUUAUAUAGAUAACUGCCUCUAUGGUUGAGACUUUGUGUCACAUGGUUUCUGUGCUGACAAUGUAAGAUAGAACAUCAAUAUAAUGGAGUAUUUCUGUCAUUUCGUUAUUACCAAGUAUUUGUAAUAUAGUACAUGUGUUUUGCACUCUGUCCUUUCCAUGUUACGAGAUUAUUAAAUACUGUUUUAACAUC